CUUUUUUAAUAAUAAGGUGUUGUUCGUUGUUCCGCUUAGCAAGAUUGUAUGUGCCAACAUGACGCUGAAAAAAGUUUUUAUAAGUAAUCCAACAGUGCCCAGAGUGGCCUACAAAAUUUUUGAGAAUUCGGUUGAAGUUAUUACAUCUCCUGGAAUCGACAGAGAAUCUAUUAUAAAAUGUCUAUCAAGAACAAAGGUUGAUGCUCUAUUCUGGGCUGGACCUUUCAUGUUGGAUAAAGAAAUUAUUGAUGCAGCAGGUCAGCAAUUAAAGGUGGUGUGUACUAUGUCUGCUGGAUACAAUCAAAUCGAUACGUCCUUAUUAAAAACAAAGGGAAUAUUGUUAGGAAAUACACCGGGAGUCUCGAGUGAUGCAGUGGCUGAUACAGCGCUCCUUUUAGCUAUGGCAGCUUCUAGAAGAUAUACGGAAGGUCGGAGACACAUCGAAGAAGGAACAUGGGAGACUUUCGAAAUACAAUGGAUGUUAGGUCAAGAUAUUUCCGGAUCUACUGUGGGCAUUAUUGGAUUAGGAAGUAUUGGACAGGCAAUAGCAAAGAGAUUAAAAGGAUUUGACGUGGCAAAGAUUUUAUAUACUGGACAUAGAGAAAAGCCAGAAGGAAAAGAAAUAGGAGCUCUGUUCGUUAGUCAAGAAACGUUAAACACAGAAAGUGACUUUAUCUUCUUGGCGGCACCACUUACAAAUGAAACUAAUCAAAUGUGUAAUGCAGAGUUCUUUUCGAAAAUGAAGAAAACUGGAAUUAUAGUGAAUAUUAGCAGGGGGAAAUUGAUUGACCAAGCUGCUUUAAUCAGAGCUUUGAGGGAUGGUGAAAUAUUUGCAGCAGGUCUUGAUGUUAUGGACCCAGAACCCCUAAAUAAGGAUAGCGAGUUAUUAAAAUUGUCAAAUAUCGUUCUGACUCCCCAUAUUGGUAGUGCCACAAACAACACACGAAAUGCAAUGGCAGAACUGACCGCUAAGAAUAUUCUACGAGCAUUACGCGGAGAGGAAAUGAUCACACCUGUAAAACUCUAAUGAAUUACUUUCCUUUAUUCUCAUAGAUGCCAAUGUCGAUGCUUACUUUUGGCCUUGGCCAUUUCAUGAAAUAAACAUUUCUUAAUCUC